AACCGGUUUUCGUCCGGCCAAAAACAAUACAAAAAUUCAAAAGCCCGUUUUUGUACCCACAUGCCUAUAAAACUCAUUUCUUUGGCCCAUGAACACACAAAUAUUCAUAAUCCAUUUCUUUGAUCCAUAAGCCCACAAGUUCCCAAAAUUUUGGUCCAGCCCACUAAUGAAUCAUAACUCUAGAAAAUAUUUAGGAAUAAAAGAAAACAAAAAAACAUAAAAAUAAAAUAAAAUAAAGUUAGGAAAAAAAACAAGACAAUGAUAGGAGAGGGAGGUGGUGUGAAAAAUAAAAGUCAAAAGGGACAAAAAAAGAGGGAAGAAAAUCGUGGGAGGACAAAAGAAAAAGAAAGAAAAGACAAAAGAGGAGACGGUGAAAAAAAAAAUGAAAAAGAAAGAAAAGAAGAAAAGGUGGGAGAGAAAGUGGGGAACCAAUAGAGAAAGGUGCGGCACAUAUUGAGAAAAAAAGAAAGAAAAAAUGAACAAAUAAGAAGACUUUCGGUGAUGUUUGAAAAAAGACAAACAAGAGAAGACUAUGUUUUGGUGGAGGGAGGGGUGUCGCACACUAGUAGAGAAAAGGAGAAGAAAGAGAAUAAAAAGAGAGGAGGCAAUGGGGGAAAAAGAGGGGAGAAGGGAGCAAACCGUGAGGAGGAGAAACCAAGAGAGAAGAAAAAGGAAAAUAGAAGAAGAAGGAGAGAGUCUUUCGUCACUCAAGGAAAACUUUGAAAAGGGAGAUUUUCUAUUGCUCUAAGAAGGUGGCACGUAAAAAAGAAAAAGCAUCAGUUCAUUCAUAUCACCGUCAUCCUUAUCGCACCAGAUUACAGUUGCGAAUUGCUAGGACAAUGGAGAACGAACAACAGAAAGAGCUGAUCCAGAAGCAAAGCCAGGAAAUUACAGACCUGAAAGAACAAGUGGCCAUGCUAAUUACUCAGAUGUCACAAUUUAUGAAAGGAAAAGCAAUGGCAGAAAGUUCAGCACAGAAAGAUCCCAUGCUUCAGCCCUAUGACAACACGGCAAUGAAUUCCUCAGGAUAUGCACCGGUAGUUGGGCUAACUCAGGAUGGUGGAUUUCCAUCACUGGAUUCCCAGCAGAAAACGUAUGUCAUGCCUGUAGAGAUUAAAGAGGAAGGAGGAAGGGGUCUUACUGUAGAGCAGUACAAAAAGAUGGAAAAAUGGAUGAGUUCAAUUGAAGGAUUUGGGCCUGUUGGCGCUUUAAGUCCCCAUAAGUUAUGUCUGAUGAAGGAUUUGAUCAUUCCUCCUGAUUUCAAGCUUCCGGCUUUUACUCUCUUUGAUGGUACUGGAAUCCCUCUAGAUCAUCUGACCAUGUAUUGUCGGAGGAUGCAGCCAUAUGUUCAUGAUGAAAAGAUAUUGAUUCACUUUUUCCAGGAAAGUUUGACGGGGAGCGCAACUCGGUGGUUUACAAGCUUAGAUCCGUCUUCUGUUGAGACCUGGGAGGAUCUAGCUAACUUAUUCCUUAAAAAGUACGAGCAUAACAUGGAGAAAGUCCCCACCAUCUAUGAUCUUCAGUGUACUGUCAUGAAGGAAGGAGAAAGUUUUCGGGAUUGGGCCCAUAGAUGGAGAGACUUAGCAUCCCAGAUGCACCCUCCAUUGGCGGAACAAGAUAUGGUUAAUGCAUUCAUUGACGCACUUCGAGAGCCUUAUACUUCAAAAAUUGCUGGAGGGGGGCAUGCAGGUUUAGGAGAAAUGAUCCGAGCAGGGGAACGUAUUGAGAGAUGCAUGCAAAGAGGAAAUAUUAGCAUUAGCGUCCGGAUGCUUGAGAAACCAGAGUAUCAGAAGGGAGGGAAGAUGAAGAAGAAGGAAAACGAGGUGCAUACCGUUAAUUAUAGCAGCAAUCCCACUUAUGGGUCUCCCACUUCUGAUUAGAGGUCGCGAAGCAAUGCUCCCAGGCUGUCUAGUUCAUAUAACCACCACCUAAACUCAAAUUCCUACCCGCCACCUCAGCAUUCUUAUCGACCACCUCAACAGACUUACCAACCACCUCAGCAAGCUUAUCGACCAUCUCAGCAAAAUUACCAGCCACCUCAGCAAGCUUACCAACCACCCCGCCAAAAUUACCAAAACUUUGAAAAUAACCCUAGACCCCGAAGGCAGAUAGAGCAGUUCGCUCCGAUACCCAUGACUUAUGCCUAGUGUUAUGACAAGUUAUUG